UGUUUAGACGCUCUUCGUCCCCCUUCCCAACUAGAUUAUUCCUACCCUCACGCACUUCAGCACAAUGAAGGCCACUUUCGUUCUUUCCACCCUCGUCUCUGCCCUCCUCUUCGCUGAGGCCCACAGCCUGAAGCAGGCUUCCGCGCGCGACGUCGCUGCCCACGAGAGGUUUGCCGACCUUAUUGCGCGCCAUCCUACCCCCUCUACUGCCCCUUGCGUUUGCCCCGAUGGAACUCCUUGCAAGCACUCUUGCGGCUCCGACUGCGGCCAGAACGGUCAAGGUCAGAACCAGAACCGCCGUAGCGAGAAGCGCGAUCUGUGGAUCCUCGAGACCGACUUUUCCGGCGAGGUCUACCCCGCCAACGUCAUUGCCGGCCUGAUCAAGGGCGAUGGUGUCUUCACCCACACCAACGGCUCUACCGUCACCGACUGGGAGUACAAGAUCAACUCCGAGGCCAACCGUCUCACGUUCUGGAAGAACCGCCGUGCUGGCUCCGGUAUGCUCGAGAGGAUCAAGAGGGGCUUCAUCCAGUUCUCUGCUCCUUACCUCUCCAAGGUCAUCGCCAUCUACUUCGAGGAUCCCGACAAGGUUUUCAUGCUCUCUGACAACUCCGGUGUCAAGAACAAGGACGUGAUCCGCAUGGCCAAGCACCUCCUCGCUGACAAGGAGCAGAACGAGUUCAUGAUCUGGCACCACGUCAUUGACCGCCCGACCAUGGAGGCCGUCGUCUCCACCCUGUGCCCCCGUCUCGGCCCGCAGUACUGCGAGAACUAAACGUUCGCGCUCGGCUGACCUUCUCGUUUCUUUUUGGGCUUUUAGUAAACCGCUUCUUCGUGUCCCUUCAGCCGUUCCGCUCCUCCCCAGCCAGCGCCACUCUUUCCGCUGGUCUGGCCAGGCUGCGACUCAGUUGUAUACCCCGCGCGUCCAAGCUUCUUUGUCAUUUUCUCCACAAUAUCGCUACCAAGAUCUACUACGAGUCACACUGUGAAACCACUUGUGUAUCCCGUGUCUGAAACGUCCAUCGGAGGGAGGAGGAGGUCUCACGGGAUCGGAUAAAUCCUUUGUAGCACAUCCCUUUGCUUUCAAUCACGUUGUUGUUGUUACCAAAAACAUUCUGAAUAGAUUGCA